AUCGAUAAGAGCCUCAUCUGAAAACUAACUGCCUCUUUUCUGUCCAGAGCUUUUUUAUUAACUGCUUAUUCCGUUUUGGGAGAAUAUGAAUGUCAACAUCAGCAACUUUAUGGCGAACACGGAAGAAAUACCUUACAUGGAAAUGAAGACAAGUUUUGGUAACAAGGAGAACAUCAAACCUGCUAGCAAAACCCAACUUUCACGAUCUAAACAGACCAAAGAAGAGAGUUUUGGCCUCAGUUUACCUCUUGGAGACGAUUAUGAACGAAAAAAGCAGAAAUUAAAGCAAGAGCUACGUUUAGAUUACCGGCGAUUUAUGUCUGAGAAAAAAAAUCUAAUAAUUGCUGAUCCAGUUUCACAACAGUCCCACAUGCUGUCUCUUCCCAUAAAAGAACGGAGAUCAGCGAAGGAAAAGCUGCAAGAUGAGAGAAACAAGGAAUAUAAUCUGUUUCUCCAAAGGCAAGAUGGAGAACAGAAAACAGUAAAAGCUUCAGUUACUUCUCAGGCCCUUGAGAGAAAUGGCUUUGGCUCAAUUACUCCAAAGCACCCAAAAGUUUCUCCAGAGGAACAAGCUCAAAGAACCAGUCAGAGCCUGCAGAACAUUGUGUUCUCAAGAAGAGAUGUUGCCACUCUGACUGAACCCAUUUCAGGAGUGCCUAAGGUAUCAAGACCUCGGAGACACUGGGAAGAGACGCCGGUUCGCUGGGGAGGCCCUCACCGAGAUCACAGCAGCUCUGAUGAGGAAAUGGAGCUCCUGGAGAAGGAGAGGCUCCGAAACGAACAGGACAACUUUCAGGCAAAGAGGAGAGAAGGAAAACACGACAACAGCUCACACAGUCUGCAAGCCCUGACUCCAGCACAAAGCAGGUCUGCCAAUGAUCAGAACAUGAACACGUUUGCUACAGGACUCAUGAUUGGUGCUGCUGAAGGAGAUGAGGCCUCUCAGAAGAGGAAAGAGCGCUACAGGCUGGAGCUGCUACAGCAGAUCGCAGAACAACAGCAGAACAAAAGGAAGGAGAAGGAGCUGGAACUGAGAGUGGCUGCAACAGGCGCUGUUGAUCCAGAAAAAAAGCCAGACCGAAUUAAACAAUUUGGUGCCGUGACCCGGGAAUAUGAAGGCAGGAGAAGAGAUGUACCUUACCGUCCAGGACUAGGUCUAGAGGAGGUCAGGGCUGACUCUGCCAGGCGACUCCAUGAAGAGAGGCCUCUACAAGUACCAAAUGACAUCACACCUCCAGAUAGACCACGUGUAGCUUUCCAGUCCCCGUCUCUGGAACAUAGCACUGUUCUAAGCCGACUAGCUAAUGCAUCAGGUGCUGGUCUGGAGGCUGGGAUGGGGUUUGGGGCUAUUACUGAUGACAAUCACAGAAGCCUCUCAAGAACCCUGGGAGAGAUGGUUGCCCCAAGAAUUACAGGUGUGCGUCCUCCGUUGGGUCCCUCCCUCAGUGACUCCUAUCAAACUCCUUAUGAUAAUGCAUAUUACUAUUAUGGAGCCAGAAAUCCUCUAGAUCCCAAUCUGGCCUACUAUGGACCAGUAGUGGGUCAGCAGUCUCACAUCCCUCCAGAAGCACAUUGGCCUGCUCUGCAGCCUCCCUCUGGGGGCCUCACACAACCCAUCAGCCAUGCUGGAGUUGUUUCAUCAGGACCAGUGAACAGCGAUAGGUCUCAGCAGCCCAAGGAAAAUGCUGCUAGCUAUCAAGAAGCCCUUAGGCAGCAGAUUCAGGAACGACAGCAGAGACGGCAUCGCGAGAAGGUGGAGAAGGAGCUGUUCGAUGCUAAGAUAGAAGCUGAGAUGAAGGCCUACGAGCCCUGGGGAAGAGCAGGAGGAGGAGCCCCUCUCAGGGACCAUCAUGGAAACCUCAUCAGUGAUCUGAAACAAAUGCAUAAAACAAAUGUGGAAGCUUAUGAUUCCGGAGGCAGACCAGCCCGGAUAUCAUUGUCUUCGAGGACAGAGCCUGCAGGUCUUUAUGUUUCUCAGCCGACUGUUCAUACCCGAGGUAACCUUUUCAGUGACCUGCCUACUCCACAGCAGCUUCAUGAUCAGGAAAAGUACAAAGACUGCUUGAAACAACAGAUUGAGGAAAAGAGGAUAAAGGAGGCAGAAGAAAGGGAGCGGCACAGGCUUGAGGAAGAGAAAGAAGAAAGACGACUAGCCGAACAGCGAGCUCGGAUCCAAAGAGAGUAUGAGGAGGAGCAGGAGAGGAAGCGCCAGAAAGAGAAAGAGCAAAUGGCCAAAAAUGAGGAGUUGAUCAGACAAGCAGAAGAGCGUCGAAAAGAAGCAGAAAAAGUGAGGAAAGAAGCAGAGGAGAAAGAGAACGAAGCCCUGAGGAAGAGACUUGAGAGAGAAAAGCAGACGCAUGUGGAGGAGGUCCAAAGGGCACCGUCGCCACCUCUGCCAGCCUUGCAGAAGAAACUACGCCAGCAGACGCCUAGACCUCCAUCGGUAGAGAGCCAUCGCUCUUCUGCAACUCUGUCUAUGCGCUCUAUGUCUGCACCGCAUUCUCCACCAGUGCCUGCCCGCAGGAAUGAGAUCAGGGCUACAGAGGAAAAGCGCACUGUGAUCAGAGAGUUAUCUGCCUUGCGUAGGCAGCUGCGAAGCGAACAGAGACGUCUGGAGGGACAGUUAAUACAGUCCAACAGAAAUGAUCUCCCCCCUCCCAUUCAUAUCAGGCCAAGAGAGCAGCUCCAGGAGGAUAUUUUUGAUGUGGCAAAACUACGCAAACAAGCCCCCAUCAGGAGACCAGCUUCCCACACCACUGCAGCGGCCAACACGCAGAACCUACAGGAAUUUAACCGUCUCAAGUACAGAGAUGGAGUAUCUCGUGAGGAGAUGCGGCAGGCGUAUCCUGAGCCCCCCAGUGAUGAUCACAGUCUAGAUAUACAACAACAGGCUCUGUUACGACAACAGCAGCGAACCAUCAACAGCCUGAGGACGGGCAGAGCUGCAGAUUACUUUGACCUGGUGUCUUCUGAUCAGCACCGCCAUGAGCGGAGGCAGAAUUCAGCUGAGGAUCUGGGCAGACGCUUGCUGCUAGACUCUGAGAGAGCUUUUAUAGACCCCAGUGGAGAUUCAUUCCUUCUACAAUCCCGCCAUGACCAGAGAAUGACAGCCAGAGUUAGCAAACCAGAUGUGACUGAUGAUGUGGUAAACGGGUACACUCGACCUGACAGCGCUCCUGACAGCCAUUCCCUGCACUCGCUAACCAUCACAGAAAUAGAGAGACUGAGGGAGCGCUCAAAAAACAAGAUGACAUCGCUGAAUAACAUGAGGGAACAUGACUGGAGAUCAGGGGACGCGUCUGCAGAGGAAGGAGAGGAUCUUUGGUCACCGACUCCUUCAACCCACCGGCCCGUCUCCAUGAACAGCGUGGCCACAGACCCCUGGUUACGAGCCAGUUCCUCAGACACGCUAAAGAGAGUGAUGGGCAAACGCAGACCAUCCAGCCGAGACCACGCAGGAGACUGGGAAGGACCGUCCACUUACCAUGGCUAAAUCUCAUGGAGUUCUUGUACUGGAUUCGUAACAUUUGAAGUUGUACAUGAGGCCAAAUAAUGUUUAUAGUUAUUGCUGUCAAUGAAAUGUUGCUCUUAGAAAGUUCUAGAACACUUCCUAUAGCAUUAAGAGUCUGUUCUCUCCGGUCAGAGAGUGCAGUCUGGGAGAAAUCAGCUUUCAUGCUUCAUACUGAGACUAUAUGAAUAUGUAAAUCACAUACAUUCUGUUUAUGUGUCUAAUCAGAUAUACAAUGCUGUAAUGUAAUAGAUUUUUUAAAAUAGUUUUACAGAAAAUGAAUUGUAUGUUUACAGCUAGAAAAACAAGCUUAUGAAAUUGUGUAUUGAAUGUUAAUAAAUAUUUGGAGAUAUUGAAUAUUAUUCACUUAAUUAUCACAUCUAUGUUCUAGA